AAUACACAUAUGCGUGCGUUUAUAAACGUUCUUGAAUGCGCCGCCGCAGCUCAAAACUCAAGAUACACGGUGUAUAUUUGUGUAGGUAUUCGCUCGUAUGCGAAUGUAAGACGCACACAUCUUCAUAAAUGGAGGCGUUAUUGGUGUGGCGAGUAGGGAGUAGAGAUCUAUGUAUGUCUGCACUGCACACACCUAUACGUGCGCAUUAUCCGAUGGAAUAAAUGCGGUGGCGCGCGCAAGGAGGAGGAAAAGGAAUCACACGAGAGGUAUUUCGAAGCACCUGCUAUACAUUCGGCACAUUCCAUCGUUUCUUAUAUGAAAUAGAAAGAGAGAAGCAAAAGAGUAGGGGUGAGCCGUGAGCGGUAAAAGAGAUGGAAUGAAACCGGAAGUUUCCCUCUCUCUUAUGGAAAACGAACCAAGAUGGAGGACCAAUCCAACCUGUAAAAACCUAACCUCACCAGAAUGACAAUGUUUAGCAUUAUUUACACGCAAUGGGAUGCUGGAUCGUAACUUUUUUAAUGUCUGAUUUAUAGUGUGACUUGAUAUUCCGAUAUUGAUCGCAUCCCAAAGUGGAACGAAGUUGUUUUAUUAUUUGGAGUAAAAUUAGCUUCUUUUUGAUAUACGUAUCUGUAAAUCGUAUGGUGGCAUCGUUGAAGAUGACAUCACUGGAACUGGAUCCACAGUUUUUGCAAGCGUUGCGUUUACUUCAUUCCACGAACAGAGAUUCUAUUGAACAGCUGCGUAGUUUGCUAGAUGAAGCAAUCAAACAAAAAUAUGGAGCAGCCAAAAUGCUAUCAAAUACAUUGCAUAAAAAGUAUUCUAUGGAAGAACCAUUGAGUGACCAAAGCAGUACAAGUAGUAAGAAAAGUAAAAGUUCUAGUUCAUCUAAGCACUCAAAGUCAAGUAAAAAUAACUCUCCCAUAACAGUGCAACACGAGAUUCCUCAAGAUCCAUUAGCAAGCGAUGAUAAUCUAGCAGAUAUUUUAGAGGAUGUUGCCUGUGUUAUUUGCAAAGGUAUGGAUUAUGGAGCAAAAAAUAGAUUGGUAGAGUGCAAUAAAUGCGGGGCAAUGUAUCAUCAAGAGUGCCAUACACCACCUGUUUUGGAUACGCAAAUUGAUACCACUCCAGUAGAGUGGUACUGUUAUUCUUGUACAAAAAGUCAACCAGCACCAAAAGAAAGAAAUUCGCCAAAAACUGUCACAGAAUCUAAGUCCAAAGAUUCAAAGAAAUCAUCUUCAUCUAGUUCCAAGCAUUCAGAUAAAUAUAAAUCAUCAAGUUCAUCAAGUCAGCAACAGACUUCCAAUAGUAGUAGUAGCUCUAGCACAAAAGUAAUAACUAACAUAAUUAGUGCAAGCCGAGCAAAAGAUAUAGCAAAGAAAAUGAAAGACAAAAAGAGUCGAAAUAGUAGUUCUGGAAAUAACAAACAUUCUAGUUCAUCAAAAAGUUCACAUGAAAAAUCAAGUAGUUACAAAAACAAGUCGGACUAACCAUAAUUAUUUGAAUAAGACUGUUAGUGUACAUACAUAGAAUUUAGAAUAUUUAUAUAUUUUUUACAAUAGCAUAGAUAUAUAAAACAGCCUUUUUGUACAUAUUUAUGAUUGACUGUACAGCUGUGUUCAUAACAUAUUUGAGAAUUAUUUAUAAAAUUACAUACAUGAUAUGUAUAUACAUUUUGAUAUCACAUUAUAUUCACAAAAAUUAUUGAAAUCGGAAUAGGAGAAUUCAUUUGCUAAUAAUUUUUGAACUUGUAUAAUAGAAGUAAUCGAAAAAACUGCUAAAAGUCACAUCGUUUCAUGCAUAUUAAAAUGUCAAUUCAAAAUAAAAGAUUUUACAAACAAAAUAAAAGAGUAAGUCACUGAUUUAUAAGAUGAUAUAAGAAAAUGUACAACUAACUACAUUGAAUUGUAUUAUUUAAAAACUUUAACAACCUAAUGUAACAAAAAAUGUAAACAAAUGUUGAUAAUACGAAAACAUUGAAAAACCGCGAAAAAUAUAGAAUACUCUUAAAAA